AUGGAGACCUCGAACCCGCUCUUCACCGACUCCCCCUUCCCCAAGUUCGAUGAGAUCAAGGCGGAGCACGUCGUGCCAGGCGUCCGCGCGAUGCUGGCGGAGCUCGGCGCGGAGCUCGAUGAGCUCGAGAAGUCGUGCACGCCCACCUGGGACGGCCUGGUCGUGCCGAUCGAGAAGCUGAUGGACCGCCUGGGCCGUGCCUGGGGUGCGGUGGGUCACCUCAAGGCCGUCAAGGACACCAAGGAGUUCCGCGAGGCCGUCGAGACCGUCCAGCCGGAGCGCGUCGAGUUCGCGCUGCGCGUGUCGCAGAGCCGGCCGCUGUACGAGGCGUUCAAGGCCAUCAAGGACGGCGCCGAGUGGGACAAGCUCACGGAGGCGCAGCAGCGCAUCGUCGACGGCGAGCUCCGCGACUUCGUGCUGGGCGGCGUCGCGCUGGAGGGCGCGGACAAGGAGCGGUUCAACGAGAUCCAGAAGGAGCUGGCCAAGCUCAGCACGACCUUCUCGAACAACGUGCUCGACGCCACCAAGGCGUUCAAGCGCGUGUGCACCGACAAGGCCGAGGUCGACGGGCUCCCCGCCAGCGCCCUGGGGCUCGCCGCCCAGACCGCGCGCACCGAGGGCCACGAGGGCGCGACGGCGGAGGACGGUCCGUGGGUGAUCACGCUGGACUUCCCGUCCUACUUCCCGGUGAUGACGCACGCGACCAACCGCGCGCUGCGCGAGGAGUGCUACCGCGCGUUCCUCACGCGGGCGUCCUCGGGCGAGCAGGACAACACGCCGAUCAUCGAGAAGAUCCUCACGCUGCGCAAGGAGAAGGCGGCGCUGCUCGGGUUCUCCAACUUCGCCGAGCUGUCCAUGGCCAGCAAGAUGGCCGACCUCGACAAGGCCGAGGCGCUCAUGGAGCAGCUGCGCGCGUCGUCUUUCGAGGCCGCGAAGCAGGACCUCGAGGAGAUCCGCACGUUCGCCAAGGAGAAGGGUGCCGACUACGAGCUCGCGCACUGGGACCUGAACUUCUGGGCGGAGCGCCUGAAGGAGGAGCGGUACGCGCUCAACGAGGAGGAGCUGCGGCCCUACUUUGCGCUGCCCAACGUGCUGGAGGGCAUGUUCGCGCUCGCCAACCGCCUGUUCGACGUGACGGUGACCGCCGUGGACGGCAUGGCGCCCGUCUGGGACAAGGACGUGCGCAUGUUCCGCGUGGACCAGGCCGGGAAGCCCAAGGCCUACUUCUACCUCGACCCGUACUCGCGCCCCGCCGAGAAGCGCGGCGGGGCCUGGAUGGACGAGGUGUGCUCGCAGUCGCGUCUGUUCGCGGCGGACGGCGAGGAGAUGCGGCUGCCCGUGGCGCACAUGGUGUGCAACCAGUCGCCGCCGGUGGACGGGAAGCCCUCGCUGAUGACGUUCCGCGAGGUGGAGACUCUCUUCCACGAGUUCGGGCACGCGCUGCAGCACAUGCUGACGCAGCAGGGCGAGGGCCUCGUCGCGGGCAUCCGCGGCGUCGAGUGGGACGCCGUCGAGCUGCCCAGCCAGUUCAUGGAGAACUUCUGCUACGACCGCCAGACGCUGUACUCGUUCGCGAAGCACUUCGAGACGGGCGAGCCCCUCCCGGAGGAGCAGUUUGAGAAGCUCAAGCUCGCGAAGAACUACCGCGCGGGCUCCAUGAUGCUCCGCCAGCUGCACUUCUCCUGCGUGGACCUGGAGCUGCACGCCCGCUUCGUCCCGGGCCAGGGCGAGUCCAUCUACGACUGCGAGCGCAAGGUGGCGGAGAGGACGACGGUCCUGGCGCCGCUGCCGGAGGACCGCUUCCUGUGCUCGUUCGCGCACAUCUUCGCGGGCGGGUACUCCGCGGGGUACUACUCGUACAAGUGGGCCGAGGUGCUGUCCGCGGACGCGUACUCUGCGUUCGAGGACGUCGGGCUCGAGAACGAGGACGCGGUGCGCGACACCGGCCGGCGCUUCCGCGACACGGUGCUCGCGCUGGGCGGCGGGCGGGACCCGCUGGCGGUGUUUGUGGACUUCCGUGGCCGCGAGCCCUCGACCGACGCUCUGCUGCGUCACUCGGGCCUCACGCCCGCCUGA